AUGACCUCCUUCAACGCGUCCAUGGCGGCAGCAUCAUCCUCCACUCGACAAGGGUCUUCAAGUCGACGUCCAUCACCUGUUAAACCACAGGAUGUAGAAGAUGACCUUGCCAGUCGGUCAAGUAGCCCGCGGGUAAUCGACAGGAAGGGUAAAGGAAAGGAGAGGAUGGUCGACUUUGCACCUGAACCUACAGCUGUACCCGAUAGAUUGGAAGGAGGGUCAGAGGAUGAUGAAAGGGAGUUUAGGGAAGAUUCGGAUACUGAGGACGAAGAUGAGGACGAAGAGAACUAUGAGGCCGAACGACAACGGCGUAUACGUGAGAACCAGCUCAUCCUGGCUGAACUGGGUAUCGAACCUUCUGGAUCGAACACCAACAUCGCAGGAACAUCGUCAUCAUCAAAUAUCAAGCAGAAUGGUCAUUCUUCCCCUCAGCCUCAUGUUACAUCAAGUAAGAAACGGAGGAAUGCAGGUGAUAUACCGAUAUAUGACAGAUCAGGAUACAUAUUAUCUCUUCCUCCAGAGGGUCAAACUCAUACUAUGGCAUGUAUAGAGAUACCAAGUGAUCGCAGAUUGAAGAAGAGGAUAUCGGAUGGUGAAUAUACGGAUUGUUCACAUUGGGUGAAAGGAGAAGCGAGAAGGUGGAAAUAUGGUUUUGGCAAAGGUGGAGAUGAUUUACCUAAGAAUGAACCGGAAGACUUAGGUGGAGUAACGAAAGAGUUCAGAUGGAGAAGGUGGAGAGGAAUAGAGAGGGAAUUAAGACGUGAGAUGAAGCAAAGAGGCGAACUGGUUGAAAUGGAUGCUAGACCGGUAGAAAGGGUUAUACCUGAAGGUGUAUCUGCUUAUUCUCUCAUUCCUGGUGAACCAUGCCAUCAGUGUAGAAGGAAAUCAGAUAAACCGAAGAUGAAGUGUAGGAACGUCAAUCCGAUAUGUAGAGCUACUUUCUGCGAGACCUGCUGUAAGAGAUACAGCUAUUUCGAUUUUGACGAAGAAUCCAGAUCGUUUAUCUGUCCUCUUUGCAAAGAUUGCUGCAACUGCUCCAACUGUAUACGAAAGAAAAAUCUUGCCCAUCUACUGGGCGUAUCGAAAGGGAAAAUCCAGAGAAAGUCAUUGAAAUACGCAAUGGGAGCAGAAGCGGGAGAUCAACUGAGUGUACAAGCUUGGUUGGAAAAAGCUGUCAAGGAUGUCUCCAAGGCGCCCUUCGAUCUAAUUAGAAUAGUAGAUCAAGAUAAAGAUAUCAUAUCGCCUGAAAUAACACUAUUCGAGGAAGAAGAAAUAGGUGAAACGAUUGUGGUGGAGAAACCGAAGGCGAAAAGAGCGAGGAAGAAUCAGCCUUUCGCAUCUAUUGGCCAAAAAGUUAAAGUACAUCCGCCGAUGGUCAGACAAGAUGAUUGCGGAGUUGAUAAACCCAAAGCCGAAAGGGGGAGAAAGAAAAAGGUCGUGGAUGCGAAUGAGGAAGAGAUCAUCAACAAUCUACCUGAGAGAAAACAAGUAAAGACGAAUACUAAUAAUCUCGUUGUCAAACUCAAAAUACCUAAACUGAUUCAGAACGACAUGAGCAUAAAACCGGUGGCUCAGGCGGAAAGGGUGAAAGAAGUUGACUCAGAUGGGGAUACGGUUGGCGAUUGGUCAGAUGAUGAGGCUAUCGAUGGAGGUGAUGAUUCACCUCUCACUUCGUUAUCUUCUUUACCUUCCGAAUCACCUCGACCACCACCAAGACUUCCUUUGCCACCUCGACCCAUCUACGCUCCAAUAAUGAAUAUGAACACCGAUGAAUACCUAUCGAGCUUGCCUGGUGUGAUUCAGCAUCAAGCAUUUACGCCCCCCUCUGCCACUUCUCGAGAUGCGGUACUACAUAGUUCGACGACGAGAGAACAUGCAGCUCGAUCUGAAAACUCAUCACACAGUCGAUCAUCUCCUGAAGAUGGUGUUGACCUUUCUCACCCCAGGAAACGCAAGCGGCCACCACCUCAAGCCAACAUCGUGCGACCACCUAGACACAGUUCGUUCUCGACCUCACACUCCAGUCCGCCGGGCACUCAAGCUGUACUAGAUCAUGCUCCACCACCAAUCCUGUCGAUAGAUAAUGGUGGACCGAGGAAUCUAACCGGUGAUGGAAGUAUGCAAUCAGCUGCACCCCAGUUACUGUCAACGACGUCUAGUCAAUCCCAACGGAUGGAUAUCGGUCCACCACCACUACUAUCGUCAAUGUCCACGCUUACACCCUCUUCAGACCAUCGACUGAACUAUUGGCAAUCUCGCUCUACGCAAGGGUUUGAUCAGACGUUGUACCCCCAACAGCAACUUCCCUCCAUGUCACCUUCCUCACCUUUUUUUCCUAUGGACUAUUCUUCAUCGUACAACAAUUACACCUCUUUGUACAAUGGUUCGAGUGCAGACUCCACUUACUUGGGUAAUAUGGGAUUAGGUGGACCACCACCUUACUCUCAUUCUCCGCCUUCAGGAUCAGGUAGAAGGUCUUUGGUGUUGAGUCCAAAUACUGAAAGACAAUAUUUAAGAAUGAAUCACCAUACUUCCAGUAGUGUGAAUGAAACUCGAACAAUCUCACCCAACUCUAUAACAUUGCCUCUACCGAAUAUAAAAGGAAAACUUAUGAAUGUGGAAUCAAAUUCGAAUCACCUUGGUGUACUUAGUACCGCCGGGGAGAUCAAGGAGGAUGACAAAUUCGAUAAUAGUAAGAAUAGUAGUAGACAGACAGAAUAA